UCAGCAGAAAGCGCGUAAAAAACAGAGUCCAAGUUUGUUGUUUAGAGUCAUGCCCCUGGUAAUGAGCAAUGCGUAAAAAACAGAGUCCAAGUCAGAAAUGUGUAGUGUAGAGAAUCUUCUCUCUCUCUCUCUCUCUCUCUCUAAAAUAAGAUUCAGUUCCCUCUCAUGAAAGGAAUUGCAGCUCAAUUUCCCUUGUUUGUUACUGAAAGGUGCAUGUUUUAAGACGCGUUGAGCGUUUAACAGUUCUGACUUUGCUUAGCUUUGUGAAAGUACCACCAUCCUCCGUAGCCCUUUAGAUCUUAGGUGGGGGUUUGUGUAUUUAAGUGGGCUCUGAGUCUCCUCUUUCUCCCAAGGUGGUGGUGACCUCUCUUCUCUAUUCUGAGGAGUUUGAUUGGUGGUCCAACCUUUUUCUAGUCUUUUUUCCUUAGGGUUCUGAUUUCCUCAAGUCCCAGUUGGUGAUUGAGAAGAGAACCAGAACCAAGUGAUCGUGGACGUUCAAGGCAUUUGAUUCAUGCUACAUACUGGACCUCUGCCUCUGCUCUGUUUUCUCUCUCCAUAUGCUUCAGAUUUCUGGACAAAAUGGUGAAGAUUUGUUGCAUCGGAGCUGGCUAUGUCGGGGGUCCUACCAUGGCAGUCAUUGCUCUCAAGUGCCCCUCGGUUGAGGUAGCUGUGGUUGACAUCUCGGAGGCCCGGAUCAAAGCCUGGAACAGUGACCAGCUCCCAAUAUAUGAGCCUGGCCUUGAAGAAGUGGUGAAGCAGUGCCGAGGAAAGAAUCUCUUCUUCAGCUCGUCCGUGGAGAAACAUGUCUCUGAGGCCGACAUAAUCUUUGUUUCUGUCAACACCCCAACCAAAACUCGGGGCCUUGGAGCUGGCAAAGCUGCGGAUUUGACAUACUGGGAGAGCGCAGCGAGGAUGAUUGCUGAUGUGUCAAAGUCUGAUAAGAUUGUUGUGGAAAAGUCGACCGUCCCAGUCAAAACAGCCGAGGCCAUUGAGAAAAUUCUAACCCACAAUAGCAAGGGGAUCAGCUUUCAGAUUUUGUCAAACCCAGAAUUUCUCGCUGAAGGGACAGCCAUUCAGGAUCUCCUCAGCCCGGACCGAGUCCUCAUCGGAGGGAGGGAAACCCCUGGAGGCAGCAAGGCUAUAAAAGCACUGAAAGAUGUUUAUGCUCAGUGGGUUCCUGAAGACAGGAUCAUAACGGCCAAUCUGUGGUCGGCUGAACUCUCAAAGCUAGCUGCCAAUGCCUUCUUGGCCCAGAGGAUCUCAUCUGUUAAUGCCAUGUCGGCUCUUUGUGAGGCCACAGGAGCUGAUGUUUCACAAGUUUCCCAUGCUAUCGGAAAGGAUACGAGGAUCGGUCCUAAAUUUCUUAAUUCAAGUGUUGGUUUUGGAGGGUCUUGCUUCCAGAAGGACAUUCUUAAUUUGGUCUAUAUCUGUGAAUGCAAUGGCCUGAUUGAAGUUGCAAACUAUUGGAAACAAGUCGUUAAGGUGAAUGACUACCAAAAGAGCAGAUUUGUCAAUAGGGUUGUCUCAUCCAUGUUCAAUACAGUUUCUGGGAAGAAAAUUGCGAUUCUGGGGUUCGCCUUCAAGAAGGAUACUGGUGACACAAGGGAAACUCCGGCCAUCGAUGUGUGCAAGGGGCUUUUGGGCGAUAAGGCAAAGCUGAGCAUUUAUGAUCCCCAGGUCACCAAGGAUCAGAUCGAGCGGGAUCUCUCGAUGAGCAAGUUCGAAUGGGACCACCCGGUUCAGCUUCAGCCGACAGUCCCUGCCGCCGGUGACCUGAUCUGGGAUGUCUCUGCAGAUGCUUAUGAGGCAGUCAAGGAUGCACAUGGGCUUUGCAUUCUUACUGAAUGGGAUGAGUUCAGGAAGCUUGAUUAUCAGAAGAUCUUUAACAGUAUGCAGAAACCGGCAUUUGUAUUUGAUGGCCGUAACGUCGUGGAUGCUGCGAAGUUGAGAGAAAUCGGGUUUAUUGUGUACGCAAUUGGGAAGCCGCUGGAUCCAUGGCUUAAGGACAUGCCUGCUGUUGUCGCAUGAGUCUUGGAGCAUUUUAAGGCUGCCAUUCGAUUCUUUUAAUGUUUUCCUGGAGAAUUUCAUGUUCUUUAUGUUCGAUCAUAUAGGCCGAAGAAAAAUCAUUUUGAUUUCUAGUUAAUUCACCAUACUUGUAAUGCUUUUGCUGCUUUCAAUUUGAAUAAAUGGGAGAAAUUUGACGACCAGUCGUCUCUUCUAGCUUA